AUGCUAAGCAGCAGACGGAUCCUGGCGACGGUCCACCGGCCAUUAAGUCACACGUGGUUCUCGUCCAAUGCAAAUGGUGGUGGGUCAAAGGCGGAGCAAGCCAUGCAUUCAAUGCUUCAAAAACAUUUGGAAGCCAUUUAUGUAAAAGUGACGGACGUAUCGGGCGGUUGCGGUUCCAUGUUUGAUGUGGAGGUGGCGUCUAAGCAGUUUGCAGGCCAAUCGCGGGUCAAGCAGCAUCGUAUGGUUAAUGAGAUCCUUAAGGAAGAAAUUAAGAAUAUGCAUGGAUUAACAAUCCGGACCAUGACACCUGAGCAGUUGCAAAACAAGUAG